AUGCGUGCAAUUGUGGUUAAAGAAUUUGGUGAUGCCAAUGUUUGCCAACUAAUCAGAGACGUACCGAUUCCUAACAUUCAACAUCGAGAAGUUUUGAUUCGUGUGUACGCUGCUGGUGUUAACCCAGUCGAUACAUACAUCCGUUCGGGUUCAUACAGUCGUCGACCUACUUUGCCGUACAUUCCGGGACUCGAUUCAGCAGGAACAAUUGAAAAAGUUGGAGCGGAAGUUACAAAAUUUAAAGUUGGUGAUCGAGUUUUUACAGUUAAUACUAUAACUGGCACAUAUGCUGAGUAUUGUGUAGCUCGUGCUGAUUUCGUGUUUCCUUUACCGACUAAUGUUUCAUUCGAACAAGGUUCAGCACUUGGCGUGCCUUAUUUUACAGCAUAUCGAGCUUUAGUUAUAAAGUAA